GCAGGCUGAGCACAGUCACAGCCACUGAUCCUGAACCUGACAGCCUGUCACUGGGACUAUGACUGGCCAUCACUGCUGGGGAUAUGGAGAGGAUGACGGGCCCUCCGAAUGGCACCGUUAUUUCCCCAUCGCACAGGGAAACCGCCAGUCUCCCAUCAAUAUAAUCUCCAACCAGGCCGUCUUCAAUCCUGGCCUAAACCCCCUGGUUCUCUCAUACGAUCACUGCACCUCGAUCAAUAUUUCCAACAAUGGCCAUUCCGUCAUGGUGGAAUUCGAUGACCUUGAUAACCAAACAGUUAUAAGCGGGGGCCCACUCAAUGACUCAUACAGAUUGAAGCAAUUCCACUUCCACUGGGGAACUCACGGCCAGGGAUCGGAGCAUACAGUCGAUGGGAAGUCAUACCCUUGCGAGCUCCACCUCGUACACUGGAACGCCAGGGCAUACCCCACAUUUGAAGAGGCAGCUGCUGCAUCAGAUGGCUUGGCGGUAAUCGGCAUUUUUUUGGAUACCGGUGGACAACAUCCAGGGCUCAGCAGACUGACCGACGCGUUGUACAUGGUGAAGUUUAAAGGAACUAAGGCGCAGUUUGAUAACUUUAACCCAAAAUGCUUGCUGCCGUCAAGCCUAGAGUACUGGACUUACCCCGGCUCUCUGACCACCCCUCCGCUAAAUGAGAGUGUAAUAUGGAUCGUCUUAAAAGAACCUAUUAAGGUUUCAGAGAAACAGAUGGACAGGUUCCGGAAGACAUUGCUAUUUUCCGGAGAAGAAGAAGACGAACGUAUUCAAAUGGUCAACAAUUUCCGCCCUCCUCAGCCACUCAAUGGCCGCAAAGUCCAAGCAUCUUUCAAAGGCUAGAUGUGGGACUAGCUCACUCCCGUUCUAAUGCUCUUCCACACCAGCAGCUACCAAAACUUAAUGUCUGUAUAGACCUCCCAGCAACCACAAAAUGCCUUAUUCGUCAUGUUGCAAUACGAACCUAAAACGUUCCCACACUGUGCAGAGUGUAGACUGCAUGCAACUAGAGUAGUUAAUUUUAUACAUUGUUCUAAAAGUGUCCAGAGUCUAUAUAUACACAUUUUUAUUAUAUAUACAUUUAUAUUUAUAAAUAUAUUAAAUGAACACAAUAGCCAUUAGUCCAAUCACAGAAGAAGAAGCUUUGGGAUUAGACAUACCCAGAUUACUUGGAGUACUGUAAAAUUCUUCUUAUGGUUUUUGGUACAAGGUACUAGGCUUUAGGAUGAUCUAGCAAUGCCUGAUAUUACAUGGAUAUUUUAAAUCUCCACAAUGAUGUGUGUUUUUGUGUAAACACUUUCUGGAUUUUAUUUCCUAAACUGGUAUCUGAGAAAUGCUAACAAAGAUAGUUGCAGGUUUAAGCCAAAAAUGCCCAAUUCAAAACAUGUUCCUACUUUGGAGCAAAACUUGCAAAACCCCUUUUAGAAUUCCCCCCAACUUCCAGUUUAGUUAAUGAACCGCCAGAUUUAUUUUAUUUUUGUGUUGACUGCUACAGACUACAGAUUAUAAAAUCUAUUGUAGACCACUUGCAGAAAAUGUGCAAAAAUUACAUUUUACGAUAUCCAGCAUUGGCCAUUAUUUAAUAUUUUUUGGAGGGAAA